GGACAAAUCACAGAGCGGGGCGGGACAGGGGUCUCCGUGGCAACACGCCGCCGGCCCCUGCCACAGGAAGGGCGGAGCUAGCCGCUGCCGCUUUCCCAGUGUCGGCAGCAGAGAGAGCGGGAGGAGGUGAGGGAGAGAGAGGCGGCGCCGGGUCCCUGCUCGUUAGUUUGGAGGAGAACUAGCGCCUGAUUCCGGUUCUACGAGCUCGCCGUGACCCCUCCGAGUGUAUGCCGCUCUCCCCGGAGCCGGGCUGACACAACUCGAGUGCAGAGUUAAGACUCUGGCCUUCCCCGAUGCCUUAUCAUUUAAAAACUCUUCUCAUUUGAGGACCAUCCAUAGUGCUUAAUUGUGCAGUGGAUCAAGAAUUUCUAAAGCAUCAGUGCAUUCUCCAGUGCAGACUUUAUUUGUCAUUGGCCUAGAAAUGGACAGGACCAAAGUUAUAUGCCACUUUUCUAUACUACAAUGUGACGCAGUACACACACGAAGAAAACAUUGUAAUUGCCUUCGCAAGAGGACACAAUGUUUACUCGAGGAAUUAAGAGAAAGUGCUUUGACCCAGAAGAAAUCGAUGAGCCCCUGGCCGACUUGAAAGCUGUUCCGUCUUACACUCUAGAACGCCAGUCGCUAUUGGACAUGUCCCUAGUGAAGCUUCAACUGUGCCACAUGUUGGUAGAACCUAACCUCUGUCGUUCAGUGCUCAUUGCCAACACAGUCAGACAGAUACAGGAGGAAAUGACCCAAGAUGGCAGCUGGCAGAUUUUUGAACAACAAAGUGAUCCUCCGUUGGAUCGUCUAGUUUCCACAGAAAUUCUCUGCCGUUCCUCUAAGGAGCAAGAUGAAGAAAAACCUAUCGAUGACAACUACAUCACCUACAGUGAAGAAUUGGAAGUGCAAGAAACAGAGGUGGUUUCUGAACUACCGACUGACACUUCAGUAAAAGGGUUACAGAACUCAUCAGCCACCUUUUGGGAGGUUGAAAACCCGCACGAAAAUAGGGCAAAUCUCCAAAAAUCCAUAGACCACAUAUUCGAAACCUUGGAAAAUAGAAACGCAAACUCCAUGGAUGACUUAUUUUCUGAAGUUGACACUUCAUACUAUGACCUUGAUACUGUACUGACGGGGAUGAUGGGUAAUUCAAAAUUGGGCCAUUGUGAAAUGCUGGAAACUUUAUCUUCUCAAGCUGUGGCACCAAUCCAUUGCAAGGCAGAACUCAAUGAGAUUGAUCAUAUUGUAGAGAUUCUUGUGGAAUCUUGAAGCCAACUUUCGUUAUACAGAAAGGAAAAAGUUCUCGAACUAAUCUUUGGCUAAUCUGUAAAUUAAGCCACAAAUCAUAGCUCCCAUUUAGCAUGUUAAAUUAGAUCAAUGUUCCAGCUAUACUAGAAGUAUCAAUAUAGUUAAGUUUCAAUUCAUUAAAAACUCAAAACUAUGAAUAGUUCCCGUGGAAACGAUUUAUUAUUUUUUUUAUAGUUGAUGCAGGUUUCUUAAUUAGAACAGAAAUGAUCUAGCUUGUUCUUGGGGAGAAAACGAAAAAGAAGCUUAAGUGACAGAAAAUUGCUCAACACGGUGAAUAAUGUAGUUGCUACAAACAGUUGACAUCAACGGUCGUGUUGAAUGCGGUACGACUUUUUAUAAAAUAUGCUCACUGCACUGAAACGUUCUUUUUCAAUAUGGUGCAUAUGGUAAACCACAUACAGUGAUAUACUGAACAGGCAAACUGUAUUCAAACAAUAAUGACUUCUGAAACGGUUACGUAUUUCCUUUCCGCAUAUAAGCCAUACUUGGAGAAAGACAAAGUAUUCUUAUUCCAAUAAGGAGAAAUGUAUUGAGACUAUUUUAUGUAUAGCUAUGUAUGUUAACUCUUUCUAGGAUUACACUAAUCUGAAGUAUUUAUUUUUAUACAGAGCCUGUACUUUUUUGUUUAUUAUUUUAUUUUUUAUUUUUUUGUAUGAAUGCAAUAUUUAUCCUUUUCCCUCCAACAUCACAUCUUGGGUUCGGACAACUUGUUUCUGCUAUAAUUGAGCUACCACCGGUAGAAAAUUGUGGUUAGAAUAGUUGCCCUUCCGUGCUGUUAUAAUGUACAAAUCGUACUAAUAUUACUUACAUUAAGUUUCUUAAGAGAAAAACAGAAUUUGUCCAGACUGGAUUUCUCUAUACAAUACUUCAUUAUUUUUGUGCAUCUUAAUUACUGGUUCCGUUGUAGAGGUUGGCCGUCACGAUUUCUUCUAUUGCAAGCUAUUAAGUUUUCCAUGUGCAGCCGUCAUCUUGGCAUAGCUAUGUAACUCUUUUCUAUCCAUCUUUUGUGCAUAUACCAGAUACCAAUAAUUUAAAGUUUACAAAUUCAACUUCUAGGACUUUACGUAUAGUAGAUGUAUGCAUACAUCUACUAUAACACAUACUUAUACAUUCGUUCUAGAGUGUAUUCACCAUCCUAGUUCCUAAGGAUCUCCUAUGUUUGUGAACCUAUAUAUACAGACGUGUCCUCCAUACAUCAUUGCUGGAGUCGGGGCAAAGGGGUUACGGUCGUUAGGUCGACACGCACUAAGUCGACCGGUCAAAAGGUCGACAUGAGUUUUUCACGGUUUUUUUUCUUCCUUUCAUUAUUUGGAUUUUUUUGGGGGGACUACGAUUGGAUCGGUAAACCUUGCCCGAAGCAUGGCAAACGAAGCGAGCCAUGCGAGGAGACACGGUGUACUAAUUUGGGUUCCCCGUCACUUUACAGAGAACGACACCAUAAACAGCCAAAAACACCAUGUCGACCCAUUGACCAUGUCGACCUUCCAUGGUUGACCUAAUGACUGUCGACCUAAGUUGUCUACCCAAUGACCCAUACCCAGGCAAAAAGCCCCUCUCUGUGCGCCAGGUCCCCUGAGACUCUGCUAGUAUGGGGCAUCUUUUUUGCCAAAAAUGUGUGCAAGUCGCAACACAAUGUAGCUAGGACAGACGAGGGACUAUGCUGAUUCAUUUUAUAUGUGACACUUGUAUAUCUGUGUGCGACGGAAUCUCUGAUUGUAUAUGAAGUGCUACAAUGUAGCAGCAGCAGCUUUUUUUUUUUUUUUCCAUUGUGAU